AUGUCAGAGAAUGAAAUACUACGGAAUCAAGCAUCAUCGCUGCCGAUGCAACUGCUGUUCCCGACUUCACAGGAACAAUUAUCUCCAGCUCCCCCGCCACUACAAGUUCCGACUGCCCAAGGUUCAAACGUAGCAACAUCAAGGCUAUCAAGGGGAUUCAAAAGUCUUUUCUACACUCAAUCUAAUAAUACCAACAUCGCAUCGCUCAAAGAUGAGGAUGAUGAUGUAAAUGAAACGAUCCCUUUACCGGGCCACUAUUCCAACGAUCAAUCAACACCGAUAAAAAGCAUCAAAGUAAUCGAUAAACAAAGUCUUCAUUAUGUCAUUCUUUCCGGUAUUGCUGGUGGUGUUGCUGGGUCCGCCGCAAAGACGCUAGUUGCACCAUUGGAUCGUAUCAAGAUCUUGUUUCAAACUUCCAAUCCUGAAUUUCUAAAAUAUAGAGGUACAUUUCAUGGUUUGGUACUUGCUGGGAAACGAAUUUGGUCAAGUGAUGGAAUAUGGGGAUUAUAUCAGGGUCAUUCUAUAACUUUGUUGCGAAUUUUCCCCUAUGCUGCGAUCAAAUUUGUUGCUUAUGAACAAAUUCGAACAAUUUUGAUACCCAAUGAUGUUUAUGAAACUGCUGGAAGAAGGUUUCUUGCUGGCUCAUUAUCAGGAUUAGCUUCUGUAUUCUUCACUUACCCCUUGGAUUUGAUCCGUGUACGAUUAGCAUUUGAAACGAGAAACUUGCACCAUUUGAAAGCUCAUCCACAACAUCAACAAUUUAUCCAAAGUCAUCGAGGAAGGGUUUUCCAAACGGUUCGAAUCAUAUAUAAUGAAAAUCCACCUAUAAGAUCAAAUGACCCACAAUGGUUAACUAUAAUGAGAAGAAUCUUACCAUUUAAUAUUCAACGUAUAAGUAAUUUUUAUCGUGGAUUUGCACCCACUAUUAUGGGGAUGAUUCCGUAUGCUGGUGUCUCUUUCUACACACAUGAUUUACUUCAUGAUAUUUUACGAUCAAAACCAUUACGUGAAUAUACAGUACAUCCAGCUACAAAAUCAUCUACAUCAACAUCAGUCAAAACCAAAUCAUCAAGAGAAUCACGUCCACCUUUGAAAGCUUAUGCUCAACUAGUUGCAGGUGGUAUUUCAGGGUUGUGCUCCCAAACUGCAGCGUACCCGUUUGAACUUAUACGAAGAAGAAUGCAAGUUGGUGGUGCUGUUGGUGGAGGUCAAUUUUUAUCUUUUAAAAACACUGCUGGUUUGAUUUAUCGAGAAAAUGGAUUCAAGGGAUUUUUUGUUGGGUUGAGUAUUGGAUAUAUGAAAGUUGUACCAAUGUUUGCUUGUUCAUUCUUUGUCUAUGAACGAAUGAAGAAAUUAUUGGGUAUAUAG